UCGAGACCGAGGACAGUGAUCCCUCCGUCUCGUCAUCCCUGGAUCGUCUCCUCAAGAUCUAUUGUAAAGUUAGUCUUUGUUGUGUUCACCCUUUUGCACGAUCCAGAAAACUUAUCACAUCUACAGCCUUUACCAGGGACCAUCAUUGACAUUGGCAUUGCAGCAAAGCAGCUGCAGGGCAGUGUUUAUCAUUUGACUCUCAGUCUCAGUCUCAGGACCCAGCUCUCGGCGUAUUUUCUGGCGCAUCGAUCGGCGAGAGUUACGGGGUACCACCGGGGCACGACGGCGGAAUGGAACAGAAUGGCGAUAACAAAAGUAGUGGGGCAAUCAAACCCAAUCUUUCAUUUGAACAAGGUGUUAAUCUUGUGAAAAGACUCUACAAACUUCAGGAUGUUGUGUGCUUGAAGGAAUUCAUGAGCUAUGACAACCAAAAUUUGCUGAUUGAGGCCCGUCGCCCUGACAGCGAGCCUGGGAGUCCUUUGCAGAAGUUUGUACUGAAACUCACAAAUACCGAAGAUUCGAAAGAUUUUGCAUUUCAUGAACAGUUGAACGAAAUCCUGUUGCUGGUGAAAGGGAGUGGUAUACAAUGUUGCUGGCCUAUCAAAAAUGCAAGUGGCAAGGACUUAAUGCUGGAGAAAUUAUCCUUCAAACAUAAAGACACAGAGGAAAUCCUCCAGGGUGAGUUUUUAACCCGUAUCAUGACCUACAUACCAGGCCAGUUCAUCGGGGGUGCCCCGCUGCUAACGGCUAAAAUGUGCUACGAAGCUGGACAGCUACUAGGGCAACUAUCGACUGCACUACAAAAUUACUCCGGUGAUAAAUCCAUAUUUAUAAAGAGGGCUCACGAGUAUGCCUGGUGUCUAGGUAAUGUCUCCAGGGUUGGAAACCUAUUGCAUGUGCUCAAAGAUGACUCCCAGAGAAAAUUGAUUCGAGAAGUACUGGAUUCUUUUCAAGAAAAGGUCACGAAGAGAGAAGAAAAAUUGACAAAAGGAUUCAUUCAUGGUGAUUUUAAUGACUACAAUAUCCUCGUUAGAGAACAGUCAUCUUCGUCUCUUUGUAACGGUGCUGGCUCUGGGGAUGAGAAAGACGUCGCCGGAAUUCUGGACUUUGACGACACGAUGUACUCAUCCAUCGUCUACGACAUCGCCAUCGCGAUCAUGUACGUGAUGCAGUGCACCAACCUUGAGCGCGACCCCAUGGAGAGUGGGGGAAUCAUGCUCGCUGGCUACCUGUCGAAGCACGCCCUUUCUGGCGACGAAUGGGAAGCCCUGUAUUACUGUAUUGCGGCACGUUUUGCUCAGUCGUUGGUCAUGGGACUGUACGCCCACUCACAGCAGCCUCAGAACACCUACCUAUUGAGCACCCAGAAGGUAGGCUGGCAGGUGCUCUUUGACCUCUGGGGUCAAGAGGUCGAUGACCUUUAUGGACAAUGGAGAAAAAUAAUAAAACAAUACAAUGAUUAAAACACAAUUUUUUUAAAGUGAAGGGGGUUCAUGGCCUUUAUGAACAGUGGAGAAAAAUAAAUCUAUAUGAAUUUUGUAAGUGGAAUGUUGGUGACCCCCUAGGGUCAAGAGGUCGAUGACCUUUGGAGCGAUGGAUGAAAAAUCAAGAAUAAUUUUGUUGAAUCAAAAUAUGAAUUUGAUGAGUCGAUCUCGGUGACCUCUGGUGUCAAAAUGUCAGUGGUCUCUAUGGGCAGUGGAGGAAAAAGAUAAAAUAAACAAUGAUACACAAUAACCUCAUGGUUUGAUAGUUGUUGACCUCGUGGGUCAAGAGGUCAGUUGAGAAAAAUACUGGAUCAGAACAAUGAAUCAAAAUAUGAAUUCGGUGAUUUGAUUAUUGGUGACCUCUAGUUUUUUAACUCUGGGAUCAAGAGGUCGGUGACCUUAUACAAGCAUUGAAGAAAAAUAAUGAAAAUAUUCAACUUAUGAAAUGAAUAACUCAAUGGAGAUAUAUAUUGCCUUUUCCAUCAUGUCUCAGCUUUGAAAAUACCUACCAGGAUGAUGUCUGUUGUUACUUCUCAGUUUGAGACGAAACUAUGUACCACGUGACAUUAAAUUCUAAUGGUCAAUAAAGGGUCACUGUGAACUACCCAUUCUCAUUCCAGUGAUAAGUCAUAUUAACCCAUAUUUCAGAGGCCAUUGUAAAAUAUGAAUACCCGGUAUCUAAUUGGGCUGAGUCGGAGGUGUGCUUUAUUGCUGCAAUGUUUUGAUAACCCUUGUAUUCAAAUUCAUUUUCUCUAAUCAUUUGAUUAAAUUUCUAAACCUGCUUUUU